AUGGGCCCCUGCAGCGCGUGCGCCAGCCUCACAGUCGAGGAGAUCCGGGACCGAAUGGCCUUCUACCACCCGAACCUGCGGUCCCUGCGGGACUCCGCCGCCGCGGGCUGCGCCAUGUGCCAUCUGUGCUGGACGUCGCUGCAGCAGAGCAACGUCGCCUCCGACGUCGAAGCCGUGCUGGCCGGCAAAUGUCCAGGAUCAGCAGACGGGCAGCCGCUACGCGACGAGCGGGUCUGGCUCACGGGGUCGUUCCAGGACAACUUCCGCCUCCACGCGGCCGCGGAACGGGAUAAGGCGGAGCAGAAGGCGGGAAAGCCGGCGUCGCCCAGCAUCCCGAGCUUUACCAGCCCGGACCGAGGCAGCGAGGUGUACAUCUCUUGCGGGAACCGGGAGGACCCAGAGACGACCGUUUCGGAGCCGUUCCUCUCGGGCACGCCAGCCGCGCACCGCUUCAUCGAGCGGUACAUAUCCGCGGACCGGAAUCCGCGCGGGCACGUCGAGUUCGCGCGCGCCAUGGUCUCGGUCUGCAAGAAGCGGCACCCGGAGUGCGGCGACGCGAGCGAGGACGCGAGCCCGGAGAUGCCGACGCGCGUGGUCGACCUCGGCGCCGGUCCGGGCUCGACGACGACGACGCGGCUCGUGAACGCGCGCGACCGCGGGCUCCGGGAGCCGUACGUGGCGCUCUCGUACUGCUGGGGGCCGGGCGUGCAUCACACGAUAGAAUUGAGGGACGCGAACUACAGCAAGCUCCUAGAAUCCAUCGACGAGACGGAGCUGACGGCCGCGCAUCGGGAAUGCAUGACCAUCGCCCGCGAGUUUGGCAUUCGGUACGUCUGGAUCGACGGCCUGUGCAUCAUCCAGGGGAACGGGGCGGAUUGGGAAUACGAAUCCAAGAGGAUGGAUGCCGUGUACGGCAACGCGACGCUCACCGUUGUUGCCGCGCGGUCGCCGGAUAGCCGGCAAGGCUUCAUAACUAAUCAAGUGAGCCAUGCCGCGCCCCCCGCAGCCAUACCGCUAGGACGCAAGGACGCGGAUGGCAAAGAUAUGGGGAAUCUUUUCUUGUGUCUGCCACGCAAGGGUGGUUUUAGCGGGCCACUUAACGGACGGGGAUGGUGUUUCCAAGAAGCGGUGCUAAGUAGACGAAAGCUCAUCUUCGAGGUUGACAGGCUCGCCUUCUCGUGCCAGCGACUAGAGCGUUGGGAGGACGGCAAGGCCAGCCAGUCGGAAAAGCUGCGCGCGCAAUUAUUCCAGGGGUUUAAACUCGCCGAUUCUACCAACUCUUACGUCGUGGACAAGGAGGAGCGGGAACGGAUGCGAUCUGAGAUCCUAGACCUAUGGUACAAGCCAAUAUUGUGGGAUUUCUCGCGACGACUGUUGACAAAUCCCUACGACAUCUUCGCAGCGAUGAGCGGCAUCGCAAAGCUGGCGCAGAUGUCGAUCAGAUCGCGCUACUUGGCUGGCAUAUGGGAAGUCGAUAUGGUCCGCGGCCUUCUUUGGCAUACUUGGUUCUCUUUUGGCACAAGACCAAAAAGAGACUUCGGAACAUUAAUUUCGCCUCUAGCCACUAUCGAGCCGAGAAGGCCUACUGACAGGGAAGGGAAGCCGGUGAUUAGAGCGCCUUCAUGGUCAUGGGCUUCACUCCAAGGUCAAGUCCAUGAACGCUCGACACCACGCGACGAGUACAUUCUCAAGGAUCCGUCAAACUACCUCAUCCGGCCCAAGCCCAGACCUAAACAGCACUCGAUUGACAAGCACGACGAUGAAUCGGAAACACCGAGUUGGACGGCGUUAGAUAACCCUAAUUGCGGUCCGGACGUCCUCCACAUGCCAUACUGCGAACUCCGUUUCCUCGGACGGCCGAAGCAGGUCCGUUGUUCAAAAUGGACCGACAUCGCCAGCUUCCCUUCUAAGUGGGAAGUCCCAAAACACCGAAAGCGUUCUCUAGCAGAGCAAGGAUACAUAGUACUCCUAGAACCGGCGAAGUCCGAGUACAGCCAGCUAAGCGAGCUCGGCCUCCUCCCAAUCCAGGACACUCCGUGUGUUGUUUCUCUCGCUACUGAUGGCGAGAGCACUGCUAUUUCCCCGGCUCUAGUGUUUGCCGAAGCUUUUUUCGAUGUUUUAGCAGAUCGCGCUGGUGUUACUGAAUGCUGGUUCCUACCCCUGAUCAAAGAAAAGUGGAAAGGCUUGCUGUUGCGUAAGGAUCCAGCAGACGGCAAAUUUCGCCGUCUCGGCAUGGUUUCUGUAUCUAAGAAAGAGCUCCUACCGUGGGUAGUCUCCGGUCCUGAAGAAGAAAUUCGUCUGGUCUGAAAUAGUGUACAUAUCAUUCUUCCCGAUUCCAGACUAUGUAAAUCUUUAAAUAUAUAUGUAUAUUAUCAUGUAAAUGAUGGUAUAUAAGUCCAAUCUCUGCAAGCUUUAAGGAGACUCAAAUGAAUGUACCUAUCAAGCCACCCCCUUUUCUCGAUGCUUAGUCAGCCAAGUCGUAUUAUACGGAAUUCGACCAAAACUCUAUGAUGUUCACAGCACCAUAAAUAAAACAUCAAAAUUCAAUUCAAUAGGACUUAGCUUGGUUCAAUUCUGUACCUAAAGCGCCUGCGAAAUCUCAACUCUUAGAGAAAGCAAGAGUGGCGCAUCAUCAUU